AUGGAUCAAGAUGAAGAUGCAUGUCAGGAAUUCUUGAGAAUGCUCAAGAAAUACGAAACUGUAGCAGCAAAAGAUACUGCUAAGUUCAUCGGUGAAUUCAGAGGUCUAGCAGACCUCGUGAAGUCAACCGAUUCUGAAUUGAUCGCAGCAAUCAGAGAUAGAUUGCAUAGGGAGAUCAAAAACGUCUUGGUGGCCAGGGGAAGUUCCCAGUGGCCAAAGAAAUGGUCAGAUUACUGUGAUUAUGUACUUGACAUUUGUAAAGACAUGGAUAUUCAACAAUCGGUUUCAUCAAUGGGUCCAUUGUCAUCAAAGGAUCCGAACACCAUGGAGGUGGAUAAUACAUCCAAGCAAAGACAGUCUGGCUCCAGACAAACUCAACAGCAAAGGAGCGCUCCUGACCCGAGGAAAAGGCAGGAGGGCAAUGCUUUGAGUAUGCAGGAGGCCCAGAAGAAGGGCAUAUGCUACAUUUGCGGCAUCAAGGGACAUUGGGGCAGGAACUGCCCUAAUAAGAAAACAGGAGACUCUGUGGCUAAACCCGCAGCAGCAAACACAGCUUCUACAACUGGAGGUAGCAAAGGGAAAUCAACGGAUUUCUCUAAACCUCAGUUUAGAAGAAUUCGACAAAUUGAAUUGUCCAGUGAUGAUGAUUCGGACGUGGAAAUUCAAGUUGUGCGAAAGUCAAAGGGAACUGGUAACCCUCCGAAACCAGUAAAGGCCAUUGAAGCGGCAGCGGUUACCCCCGAAGUGGUACCUGGGCCCUUCAAAGAAGAAACACCAGAAGGUCAAGAUCACAAGGAUCGUUGA